AUGGCCAGGGAUAUUGAGGGUACAACUCCACCUCAAACACCAAGUCGACGCCAGGAUGCAGGAAAAGCUCCAAAAUGCACAGGAAGUAGAUGUUUGGUGUUGAUGGCGGUGUGUACCGGGCUCAUUUGCGUUCUUCUGCUGGUCUUCAUCAUACUGCAGCACAUCUUCAUCACAGCAGAGAGAGACCUGUUGAAGAAUUACAAGGACGCAGUCCAAGUGUUCAAUCAGACGAUCAACAGAUUACAGGACACUUACUCUGAUCUAAUGACUGAGAAUGACCAACUGAAGGACAGAUUAAACUACCUGAAUGAUGAUCUAAAGAAAGCUUAUGAACAAGGAUUUCAGUGGGGUUCAGGUUGGUUUUUCAUAUCCAAUGUUUCGAAGAGCUGGUCUGAGAGCAGGCAGUAUUGCAGGGAUCGAGGUGCUGAUCUGGUCAUUAUCAACACUGAAGUGAAGCAGAGUUUCAUAACUUCAGUCAUCAGUGGAAAUGAGAGAUUGUGGAUUGGUUUGUCUGACAUAAUCCAAGAAGGCAAGAUGAAAUGGGUGGAUAAUUCACCACUGAAACAAGGGUGA